AUGGCCUCGUCUUCUAACGGUGCGCCGCCUUCUGAUGGCACCUCAAGUUCCGGCGCUCCUGUCUUCACCCCACCGUCCUCCGACCACAGUUACGCAUCGGCCGCCGGCUCAAACGACAGCGCAACAUCGAACCAAUACCGCGAGCCUUCAUAUCAGUUGGCGUAUUACGUAGCCCAGCCCGCAGGGGAAGACGGCUCACUGUAUGGGCGGCUUGUCGCCAACCAGCCACAAGCCGUCGACCUUGCCAGCAGCCGCAUCGCGUUUUACACGGCCCGUGCCCAGCAAACGGCCGAUCAGCUUGGCCAGCAGCUCCGGUGA